UGUCAUUACAUUGGAUGGAAGGUGUGCACUGCCUACGUUCUGCUGCCCAAGCCAAGGAAUACAACGUAAAUGUGGCAGCAGUCCCGUGAUGUCGGGAGGUAAACCACUGCCAAGGAAACUGCACAAAAGACAUAUGAGUUCCCCGAGGGAGUCUCAGGAGGGCUCCCAUACUAAGACUGUCAGUCAAGCUGCAGCGACAAAAUUUCUAAAAACAGAAGAAGAUUUUUUGAUAAUCUUAUCUCGGAUUAAUGCAUUAGUAUUGAAUAUUCUGCUGCGGCCCGAUGAAAGUGACUUAUUGGGCAAAGACCACUUAAAAUCUAUUCUUCUGGUCAAUGAAAGAUUUCAUGCCAUUUGGGAUUUGACAUCUGGAUGUUGCAAAACUCUUAAACUGGGUCUUGGGGACUCGUCCGUGGACGUGAACGACAUUUACAUCGUGAAAAAUCAAAGCAACCUUUUACAGGUGUAUACCGAGUAUUUUCUGGCCGUUACGAAUCAUAUUGUGAUCAAAGGAUUUGACAAAGUCGCAAAACCAACAAGCAUUUAUUGGAAAACCAAUAAAAGGGGUUUGAAGACACUGAUCGGAGAGACGGCUGAUAUCUCCCUGACUGUCUUUUUACAGAGAAUCUUCACCGAGCCGUUCAGAGAUCACGUCCAGACGUACUCAUUGUUCCUGUCCCAGAUCAAUGGGAAGCUGGCAGAGGAGAGUGGAGAAACCUCAUCGUUAGACUCGCUGAAUACGUUUGUAAAUCUGCAAAAAUAUAUCAGUCAGAUUUUAGAUGAAGCCUUUCAGACAAAAAUGCUAUGGGUGUCUUUAUCAAGCAAAUUAACAGCAGCUCUGUGUACUCCAGAUCGCAGACUACAAGAAGAUAGCAAAAAUGUCCAGAUAGCUGUCACUUUGGGCAGAUACGACCGAAUCCUUCUCUUUGAUGACUCUUUGGUAUUUCUUCAGGGGAUUGAAACUCACAUCUGUGAUUUAAAGACCGUUUGGUUAUGUUCCUCGACAAAGCAGACCUAUUAUCAAAACAACCACCCGUUGCAGAUCAUCACUCCAGAGGAGGAAUUCGUGCUUACUUCCAGAGAACCUCAAAAUCAGGCUGUAUGGCAAUGGAAACUCAACCAACUGAUUCAGCAGAGGCUGAUCGGACACAGGAAUUUUCCUCUCUGGGGGAAGGCUGGAGAAACAAGCAACCCUCCGACAAGUCGCAUGUCUACGUAUACCUACAAGAAUGAAGGCAGAUUUAAAAAUGCGACCUAUCAUGGAGACAUGUCCUGGGGAAAGCCUGACGGAAAGGGCACGCUGAAAUGGCCGGAUGGACGGAAUCACGUUGGAGAUUUCCAAUUGGGUCAAGAAAAUGGGUUUGGAGUUUGCUUGAUUCCCAGCUCUUUGCCGGACAGAUAUGACUGCUACAAAUGCCACUGGCAGAACGGAGUCAUGCAAGGCUAUGGAAUCUGUGAGUAUGCUGAUGAGUCCGUGUACAAAGGGUAUUUCAAAGACAACAUGCGCCAUGGCUAUGGGAUUCUGGAAAAUCUGGCAUCAACCACAAACCCAUUUAAAUACACCGGCAAUUGGCAUAAAGACAAGAUGUCAGGAUACGGAGUCUGUGAGAGCACGCAGAAAAGUGAGCGUUACAUAGGAAUGUGGCAGGACAACCAAAAGCAUGGUCAUGGAAUCGUACUUACGGAUUCGGGCACGUGUUAUCAAGGUGCCUUUGCGCUCAACAAGUUUGUGGGUUCCGGUAUUCUCCUUUCAGAAGACUCCUCCGUGUAUGAGGGAGAGUUCACAGAGGAAUGUCUAUUGGCUGGGAAAGGGAAGCUCACGUUUAACAAUGGGUUUACUCUGGUUGGAAGCUUUAACAAAAGCCAGACCGCAGGUCUGCAAACCCAAGGAGUCCUUCAUACUUCAUGUGAGGACCAGAAUGGAACCAUGAAGAGGAAAUUCCAGCUUGGUGUUGGGUUAUUACCUGUAGAGGAGCGGUGGCAUGGCAUUUUUGAGAAGUUUCAGAAAUUCCUUGAAUCGGGCUGCAAAAAAGAAACAGAAGAAUCAUUCCUAGGUUUCCAUGUGAAAUCAAACAAGAAACUGCAGAAAUCUCAAGAGUACAUGUACUGUCAGAGGGACAGCGCUGAUGUUUCUGGUGAGAUAGAAGAUAUUUUGAAGGACAUGAGUCUUCAGCUAGAACAAGAGUCCAUGCAGUGCUAUCUGGAAAAGGCUUUCAAGUCAUCUCACCACCCAUUGAUGAAGCUGAUGAAGGAACUGUGUGUGGUUUUCCAGGCCACCUACUCGGGAAUUGGGGCAAACUUUCACCUUUUGUCCAUGGCACAGGAGGAGAUAAAACACUAUGCUACAAAAAUCUGGGAGUUAUACAGAGCGCUGAAGGUUUUGGCCGGUGGGGAAAACGACAUGGCGGUCCCAGCCGGUGAGGAUGAAGAAGAGAGAAACGAGGCCCUGAAUUCAUACACCGUGGUCCUUCCCAUCCUCCUGCCGUAUUUCUAUGCCGAUCUCUUCAUGUUAUACAUGCUGUAUCACCAACAGGAAGACGCCUAUUACUGGCAGGGCAUUGUCCGCCUAGGGAUACUGACCGACACCAAGCUGCUGGAAUUCCUGGAUGUGCAGAAAUCCUUAUGGCCCCUGAAAGACAUUAAGCUGACAGCCAAUCAGAGAUACUCGAUAGUGAGACACAAGUGUUUCCAAUCUGCUAUUGAAUGCCUGCAGAAGAUCAUAACGGUUAUGGAUCCAAGCCAGAAGCUGGAAAUCAUUCUGAAGACGUAUACGGAGAUUGAAAAAACGGUUUCGCGAGUGGUGGAUGAUGAUUACAAAUUGCCCAUGGACGAUUUGCUGCCAUUAUUGAUCUACGUGGCUUCUCGAGCUGGGAUCCAACAUCUGGGGGCAGAAAUCCACUUUAUCUAUGAUUUGAUGGACCCCAGUAACAGGGGAGGAAUAUAUGACUUCUUGUUAACAGCUCUUGAGUCCUGUUAUGAGCACAUUCAGAAGGAAGAGGUCCGGCUGUACAAAUGCUAGCACCGGUGUCUGGACAUGGACUGUAUGGAGUGAGAAAUAAUCUGGCCCUGAAUCAGGAGCCCAAGAACAUUUCUUGUAAAUAUCAUCCUAUUUCAGGAUCUAUAAUUAUUGGGAGACUUCGGGCACGUCUUCAAAAGACUUAAUUUCAACAUCACGGCAACUGACUGCAAGUUACUGACAAAACAUCACUCAGGAUGGAGAUUAUCUGGGAAAUCUUAUAUCGGAAUCGAGGCUUUGGAUUGUAAUCACGGAUGCUAGUGGAACAUAGAGCAAAAGAAGGA